CGGAGAGGAAUAUAAUACUCUUUCACCGGAAGAACUCGAUCGAUAUCGGAACUUCUACGCAAAAGCCAUGCGCGAUGUUGCUGGCGAAGACUCGGAUGCGAAAUUCACGGAGAAGAGCGCCAUGUUUACCGCACUCCAUGAUGCGCUUUACGGUAAUGGCAGUGCGGCCGACGCGGCUGAUAAGGUGCUCGAAUCGGCAUUUCCACGAACCCAUUCGUGGACCUUCACCACACAGCUUGGUGAAGGCGGUUGGGAAGAAGGCGAGGAUGCGCUUCAGGAGCGUUUGCGAAACGUUAUGGCGUGUUGAUUCUGCGGUUUGAAUUUUUAAGCGCUGCUUUCUUUCGGUUUCCAUAGAGUUUCAAAUUCCCUUUUCUAUUCGAGUCUUGGGCCUGAAGUUGAUAAUAUAGACUUGGAAUUGCAGGUCCCUAGUUAUGCAUAAAGCUAGGUAGCUCCUCCGCCUGGCCAAGCGCUGAUAAUUGGAACUGUCCGAAGAUAAUCAAAAUGCGCAAUACUGCUAG